AUGAGCAACAGGAAGGAGCGGGAUCCAGGGCUGGGGGUGAAGAGUUGCCAUAAAAUAGUAUAUAAUUUAGAUAAAAUAUUAGUGCAUGCUAUGCUCCGGUAUAUUCUGGAGCUCAAUGCUAGAGUAGGAUAUAAAACUGUUCAGAAUCCUAACUAA